AAACAAAGAAAAAAAAUAUAACCGCUUCUUAUUGAGCGUGUUGAAAAUAUAAAAAAAUAAACAUAAUUUAAACAAAACUGUAUAAAACAAUCCUUUUUAAAUUGCAGUAAUAUGUCUGCAAACAAAAUUUUGUUUGAGAGAGGUGUACGUAAUGCUUCUCAAUCUGAACAAUAUGAAGGGGUGGAAGGCAACGACUGGGACGAUACCUCGCUCAACUCCGCGUACGACUCAGCGAUGAAAAUAGCUAAGGCUGAGGUCGCGAAACGAGUGGCUAUGUCUACAAACACACAACCAGAGGACCGCGAUGACUCAAAACAAUCCAAAAAGGCUGCAAAAGCUAAACAGCCAGUGGCCAGCUCAUCAAAGACCAAGAAAGAAUGGAAAGCAGGCAUGGCAUGCAGAGCGGUUUAUGAUGACGACGGGCUUGAGUAUGAGGCGUUCGUGCUCCGAGUAGUUGAUGAUCACCAUUGCGUAGUUAGAUUCUUAGGAUACGAAAAUUGCGAAAUGGUGCCAAUAGAGAGCCUAACACCCAGCCUUGGCAAGAAAGAGCGUCAAAAGCAAAUAGAACAAGCUGCGCUUGAGAAGGAAGAUUAUUCCAAUUUCGAGUGGAGAGAGUGUGAGAGUGAUAGAACUAUGGGUAAGAAGCAAAAGGAACAGGCGAAUGAUCAGCCAAACUUGGAAUGGAGGGAAUGCGAGAGUGAUAGAGCUAUGAGCCCUGGAAGUACAGACUAUUCAUACGGAAGAAAACAGAAGUCGCCUAAAAAGAAGAAAAAUCAGAAACCAAAUUUCGAGUUUCCUGAUAUGCCGUUCCCAAUGCCGAGUAUGCCGAGUAUGCAGAUGCGAAACAUGAUGGCAAAUCUCGGUUCCCUAGAGAUGCCGUUACCCCCGCCGCCAAUCUCGAUCCCAACGGAGCGCCCCGACCCAGAGGAGCAAGCGGUAUCUUCCAUGCUGAUGAGCUGGUAUAUGAGCGGGUAUUACACGGGACUGUACCAGGGAAUGAAACGAGCAAAGCAGAGUCGCAAGCGGGUAUGAUUUUCAACCAACCACUAAGAGCGACUGAAAAAAUGUUUAAGAUUUUAUAAAUGUAUUUUUAGUUUAAUUAAAAUAAAUAUUAGGAAUGCAUUAAUUAAAGUAUGCCUGUGGAUUUAAGAAGUUUUAUGUACAAAAUAUACAAUUUCAAUAAUUU